GAACCACUGCACAACAGCCAUGUCCACGGUUACAAGAAGCGCCAGUGCCAGUCCCAUGGCCUUAAACGGCAUCAUCGACCCCAGCAUGUUCCCCCUCAAGUCCACCGCCGAUGUGGUGAAUCUCUUCCGGCGUGCAUUAACCUCCGGCAUCGAACCAGAUCUCACACUGCUCUCCAUCGUCGUGGGCUACAUCGAGCUAUCGCUGACCACGGGGGAAGCAGCGGCACAAGCUGCCCAGGCCGCCGCCGCAGCAGCAGCAGCAGGUGACAUCAGUCAGGCGGGGACAGGUGGAAAUGACGUGAUCAUGGGCAAUACUGUGCCCUUUCCGGUAGUGACCCACGAACUGAUCGCCGGGCUGUACAAGAAGUUCCAAACCAUUUUGUCGGUGGUGGACAAGCCGAAACCCCAUCGGCAGGCCACCCGGGAGGUGAUCAAGAAGGUGUCGGACGUGAUCUGGAACUCGCUGAUCCGCAGCAGCUACAAGGAUCGGGCGCAUCUCCAAAAUCUCUACAGCUAUUUGUCUGGGAACAAGUUGGACUGCUUUGGAGUGGCCCUGGCGGUGGUGGCUGGCUGCCAGUUGCUGGGCUACAAGGAUGUGCGGCUGGCCAUAUCGGAGGAUCAUGCCUGGGUGGUGUUUGGGCAGAAGCGAGUGGAGACCAUCGAAGUGACAUGGCACGGAAAGGGCAGUGAGGAUAAGCGCGGGCAGGACAUACGCCCUGGCAUUGAAUCUGGAUCUUGGCUGUAUUUGGGUGGUCUGGCGGUGAUUUGCGAGCGUGGAAUGGAGGUGGCAGCCAUCUGUGCUGCCCUGAACAUCUCCCUCACCUCGAAUAGUGAUUGCGUCGAGGUGGCAGACCUCCAGCAGCAGCUGUUGUGGCUCCUCUACGACCUGGGUCACCUUAAACGCUAUCCCAUGGCCCUGGGCACGCUCGGCGAACUGGAGGAGAUCCAUCGCACCCACUCGAGCAUAAGUUGCGAGCAGCUCUACCGCGAGGCCAUUGAAUCGGCCAGGACCCAUUACCGGAACCAUCAUGUCUAUCCGUACACCUACCAGGGAAACUACUACAAUCGCCUGCUAAAGUACAGAGAUGCUUUUGCCGCCUGGGCCAACGCUGCGGAUGUGAUUCGUUUGUACACGUACCAGUGUCGGGAUGAUGAGGAAAUCUACAAGGAGCUACUGGACAUUGCCAACGAGCUGAUUCCAUAUGUUAUGAAGACGGAGAGCUCGGGUCAUUCGGCCAGAAGUAUCCUGCGGGAUGCCGAAGUGUUUGCUAAUUUAUUGAGAUUCUACGACGGCAUUUGCCAGUGGGAGGAGGAUAGUUUAACGCCCAUUUUGCACAUCGGCUGGGCCAAGCCACUCGUGAACAACAUCACCAAGUUCGACUACGAUAUAAGGUCCCAGGUGGUCAUCAAGCUGCCCGAGGAUAUGGAGACAGAGCAGGCUAAGGCACAGGCACAGGCACAGGCUCAGGCCCAGGCCGAACAGGAGGCUAAGGAAUCGAAAGAAGCUGCCGGAUCAGAGGCUCUGGAGGGAAACAACAAUAUGGUUGUGAAAAAGGAAGAGAAAUCUAAAAACUCCGAAUUGCCAACCACUUUGGCAGACUUAACCGCUGCCUGUGGCGAGAAGAUUCUCAAUCCGGAUUUCCUACUCCAAGGCGGGGGACAGCCCUUUGCCGAUCAGAAGCAGCAAUCGGCCGAAAGGGAAACGGAUAUUUUGGAGCCCGUUAACAACAACAACAACAAUAAUAACAACAAUAGCAAUAGCAACAAUAACAACCACAAUGCUGAGAAGGAGGCUACUAAAACCACAAAUACGACAAGCAAUGGAAGCGGAAAAUCUGUCCAGUUGCCAGUUACUAGUGAAGCUAGCAACGCCAGCCAAGCCCCAGUCGCAACCCCAGUCCAACAAGAGAAACUACAGCACAAAGAAGCUAAAAUAGAGAAGACGAGCGAUGAGUUCGAUCCGUACGAGAUAAUGCUCAAGAAGCCGGUCAUCACCCUGUACAGCCAGAAGAUGAAGGGCCUGAAGGACCUGCUCCUGGCCGAGAAGCUCAACACCCACGCCAUUUCCCUCCAGGUGACGGCACAGUCGGUGGCCUCCCGGAAAGUUCGAGGUGUGGAGAAGCAUUCGGCCACCAUUUCAGCCACCAUCACAGCGAUUGCCUCCAACUCGGGCGAAGGUCUUCUAGCGGGCGGAGGCACGACUGGUGGACCAGGAGGAGGUGGUGGUGCAGCAGGAGGAUCAACAGGCGGAGCAUCACUGGGUGCAUCGUCGUCGCCAGGCGGAGACUCGAUAGCCGCCUCGCGACCGAAGAGAACGCGGCGCGAGUAAUCCUCGUUUGGAACAAAUAUUGGAAAAAGUCGUAAUUAUCAGGUGCGAAAGUUAGAGUGGAUCGAAAUG